UAACAAGUGUACAAUCCAAAACCACCAUUCAUGGACUCCAUAUUCCUCUCCUCAACCACCGUCAUCCUCUACGCCGCCGUAGUAGUCAUUUUCAUCUUCAUCAACGAACGACGUCGUCUACGUAAAUCGCCACCGUCACCGGUGGCCGUUAAGAGAACUCUCUCAGGAACCAUGGGCUGGCCUUUCAUUGGUGAAACCCUAGAUUUCAUUUCAUGUGGUUACACCGAUCAUCCUCAAUCGUUCAUCGAUAAACGCCGUCUCUUGUAUGGGAAGGUGUUCAAGUCACAUUUGUUUGGUAGUCCAACGAUCGUGUCGACUGAUGCAGAAGUGAGUAGGAUCAUAUUACAAAGUGAUGCCAAGAGUUUUGUGCCGUGUUAUCCGAAAUCGUUGACGGAGUUGAUGGGAGAGUCGUCGAUUUUGCGGAUAAACGGAAGUUUACACCGGAGAAUCCAUGGGCUUAUUGGUUCUUUCUUCAAGUCUCCGUAUCUUAAAGCUCAAGUCACUUCGAACAUGCGAAAACUGCUUUUGCAAUCCAUGGCUAGUUGGAAUGAAGAUCGUCCUAUUUACAUUCAAGACGAAACCAAACAUAUUGCGUUACAAGUACUGGCGAAAGCGUUGAUCGGUUUGGAUCCGGGUGAAGAGAUGGAGUUUUUGAGGAUCCAGUUCCAAAAGUUCAUUGCAGGACUCAUGUCAUUACCCAUAAAAUUACCCGGAACACAACUUCAUCGGUCAUUAGAAGCCAAGAAAAAGAUGGUGCAACUAGUCCUUCAAAUUAUUCGUGACAAAAGGAUAAAUGGUGGUUCUAUUUUACAAGAUUCGAAGGAUGUGGUUGAUGUGUUACUCAACGAUAAGAGCGAAAAGCUAACAGAUGAAUUAAUAUCCGAUAAUAUGAUUGAUUUGAUGAUUCCUGGAGAGGACUCGGUCCCUUUACUUAUAACUUUGGCCAUCAAAUAUUUAUCAGAUUGUCCCAAAGCUCUUCAUCAACUUAAGGAGGAAAAUUUGGAGCUAAAAAGACGUAAAAAGGACCUCGGAGAUCCGUUGUGUUGGGAUGAUUACCUAUCGUUACCAUUUACGCAAAAUGUGAUCACAGAAACCCUAAGAUUAGGAAAUAUUAUAAUGGGGGUGAUUCGAAAGGCUAUGAAGGAUGUGGAGAUCAAAGGUUACCUUAUACCAAAAGGAUGGUGUGUGUUGACUCAUUUCAGAUCAGUCCAUCUUGAUGAUAAUCACCAUGAGUCACCUCUGCAAUUCAACCCUUGGAGGUGGCAGGAUAGGGAUAUGAGCAGUGGUAGCAGCACUUACUUCACUCCUUUUGGAGGAGGACUCAGGCUAUGUCCUGGGCUUGAUUUAGCCAGACUAGAAGCUUCCAUAUUCCUCCACCAUUUUGUUACUGAGUUCAGGUGGGUAGCUGAGGAUGACACCAUAAUAAACUUCCCAACAGUAAGAAUGAAGAACAGGAUGCCAAUUUGGGUCAAAAGAGAGAAUUAGUGAAGGUGGGGUGGAGGGUUAUGAUUUUAUGGGCCCUUGGAUUGGAAAAGAAAAGCUGGGUGAAGAUACUAAACUAAGCACACGUACGUGUAGGGGCCAUGAAAUGAGUUACUGAAAUAUUGGUCUCUUAGACACAUGCAUGUUAAAAAGGACACAAAGUGGAGAAAAUAGGAACCUUUUUAUGUAAACUUUAUUAGGGUUAAAGUUAUAAUUUUGCAUAGUUUGGGUUUAAAUUUCAAACUGAAUUAGGGAUUAAAUGUUGCCAGCUAGUAAUGUAUAACAUUACCAAUAUCAUACCUAAGUGUAUAAAAAGGUAGGAAGUGUAUCUGUUAUAAAGAUUCAUGGAACCAUAUU